AUGGUAACAGCAGAGCAGGCCUUCCAGGCGAACGCGGCAGCGGUAGUUCGCGAUUACUUCGUGGAGCCAAGAAUCGAUUAUCGUACCAUCUCAGGCGUGAACGGCCCAUUGGUCAUUCUGGAGAACGUCAAGCUGCCAAAGUUCGCCGAAAUUGUCAACCUUACGCUGGCUAGUGGCGAAAAGCGUCAAGGAAAAGUGUUGGAGGUGCAAGGUAGCAAAGCCGUUGUGCAAGUAUUUGAAGGUACAGAUGGCAUCGAUAACCGCCACACGCACUGUGAGUUUACGGGUGAUGUACUGAAGAUGGCCAUUUCGGAGGAGAUGCUUGGUCGCGCUUUCAACGGUUCUGGGAAGGCAAUCGAUGGUGCGCCUGCCGUCGUAGCCGAGGAAUAUCUAGAUAUUGAAGGCCAGCCGAUCAACCCUUCGUGUCGUGACUACCCGAAAGAAAUGAUGCAGACUGGCAUCUCGGCUAUCGAUGUGAUGAACUCCAUCGCGCGUGGGCAGAAAAUUCCGCUAUUCUCCGCUGCUGGGUUGCCACACAACGAGAUUGCCGCGCAAAUUGUGCGCCAGGCUGGUUUGGUGCAGCGCAAAGACGUUGUGGAUUCUCAUGAUGACAAUUUCGCCAUUGUGUUUGGCGCAAUGGGUGUAAACAUGGAAACAGCUCGAUUCUUUCGUAACGAUUUUGAGGAAAGUGGAUCUAUGCAGAAAACAGCGCUAUUUAUGAAUCUGGCCAAUGAUCCUACUAUUGAACGUAUCGUGACGCCGCGUCUGGCAUUGACCACGGCCGAGUACCUCGCUUACGAGCGGGACAUGCAUGUGCUAGUUAUAUUAACGGAUAUGAGCUCAUAUGCUGAUGCCCUUCGUGAGGUAUCUGCUGCGCGUGAAGAAGUGCCUGGGCGUCGUGGUUAUCCAGGAUACAUGUAUACUGAUCUUUCAACGUUGUACGAGCGUGCUGGUCGCGUGACAGGCCGCAAUGGCUCUAUCACACAGCUACCCAUUUUAACUAUGCCUAAUGACGAUAUAACGCAUCCCAUUCCAGAUUUGACGGGCUACAUUACAGAAGGCCAGAUUUAUGUAGAUCGUCAGUUGCACAACCGUCAGAUCUUUCCACCCAUUAAUGUGUUGCCGUCUUUGUCGCGUUUGAUGAAAAGUGCCAUUGGCGAGGGUAUGACGCGUGAUGAUCACAGUGCUGUGUCAAAUCAAUUGUAUGCCAGUUACGCUACCGGAAAAGAUGUUCAGGCUAUGAAAGCUGUGGUUGGAGAGGAAGCGCUUUCGCUGGAAGACCAUCUAUACCUUAAGUUUACGGAUAAAUUUGAGGGAAAAUUCAUCGCUCAAGGUCCGUACCAGUCUCGUGAUAUUUUUGAGUCUUUGGAUCUCGCAUGGUCGCUUUUCCGCGCCUUUCCGAAAGAGUUAUUAAAAAAGAUUCCCAAAAAGCACUUGGACACUUAUUAUGCGCGCCGGACGCAAGUGCGUGAGGAGAAGGAAGAGUAA